UGCUCAUUGUUUUCCAGGGGACGCUCACAUUGCUGCGUGACACCAAGACAGAUGGCAGCUUCCUGGUGCACCACUUCCUCUCCUUUUAUCUCAAAGGGAGUCAGUCUGACCGCAGCAAAAGAGCGGGGACAGCUUGUGUUCUUGGAAGGCCUGAAAUCCUGCUUUGACGUCUUGUUUGGUGAGGAGCAGCAUGUGGGGCAGACCAAUCCCCUUCAGUUUAUAAGCGAAGAUGGCUCCAACCUGAAAACCAUGUAUGAGUUUGUCCGGACAUCCCUGAUGGCCUCUGGUAGUGAUUCCUGGAAAUGCCCCGUGUUGCUGGUGGAUGAUCUCAGCGUCCUGCUCAGCCUGGGUGUGAGGCCAGUUGAUGUUUUGGAUUUCAUCCAUUACUGCAGAGUUGCAGUGUGCUCCCAGUUAAAGGGGAACAUAGUGGUGCUAGUGCACAACAGUGAUGAUUCAGAAGAUGAGGAGAAUGAACUGGUCGUGAAUUCCCUCUGUCACCAGAGCAACUUGAUCCUUUGGGCAGAGGGGCUGGCUACUGGCUUCUGUAAAGAUGUUCAUGGACAGUUAAAGAUCAUUCAGAAGAGGUCAUCCGAACUGAAAGCAGAGAGGAAUCUCUUCCGAAUCUACCAGUAUAAAAUUCAGGACAAGAAUGUCACAUUUUUUGCCAGAGGAAUGUCAGCAGCUGUGUUGUGAAUUCCAAGGCACAAUUCAGUGCAGGACUUGAGGCCAAGGGGAAAAUGGUGCUUGAUACCUGGGAAAAAACAGGAGAUGCCAGCAAUACAGCCUGGGUAUUUUUUCAGCAGUUUCCAGGGACAAUCCAGUAAAUGUGGUGUGAGCAGGAUUUGCAUUGGCACUAAGUGGCAUUUAAAACCCAAUCCUGCAGGGAACUCUGUGCAGGUGGGGGGAUCUGCUUGAGCUGAGCUUAUUGCAGGCUUGGGGCCUAAAUCAGUUCCCCUCCCUUCACUGUCCAGCAGCAUUCCACUGUAAUAUACAAAGGGUUCGAAUUGCAAAGAAGAGCAAAAUGUAAUGAAUUUUAAAUAUAACUAACAAACAGGCAGCUGCCAUCUCAAUAGUCUGA